AUGGUCUCUUUCAAAGAAGCCUUUGCGUUGUCUUCGCAUGAAGUCGAUGCUGCGACGCCUCCUGGCACAGUCCAGAUUCAUCGGGAGCAGGAAGAUGCGAGCCAUGCGAUUAUUAGCAUUCGUGCUACAGAUGAUCCUCGUGAUCCCCUCAAUUUCCCAACGUGGCACAAAAUUGCUGCAUUGAGCGUUGCCUCGCUGUAUGCCUUCACCGCGAACUACACGAGUGGUGUUAUCGCGCCUGCGUUUCAGCUAUGGCCUAUGAUCUUUCCGAAGGACCCGAGAUCACUUUCUCAGCUUUCCAUUCUGAUUGCUAUUCACAUCCUCUUCCUCGGUGCGGCCAACAUCUGGUGGGUUCCCAUGUCCAACUGGAUGGGACGACGACCGGUUCUCAUCCUCGCUACGACUCUCCUCACAUUCAGUACGCUUUGGUGUGGACUUGCAACUUCAUAUGACUCUCUUCUUGCUGCUCGGGCUUUCCAAGGCAUUGGAGGUGCUGCAGCUGAUACAGUUGCUCCCGCGCUUGUUGGAGAUAUGUUCCCUGUUCAUCAGCGUGGACGAGCCAUGGCAGUCUACACCAUCAUGCUCGUCGUCGGACCCCUCGCAGGUGGCAUCUCAGGAGGCUACAUCGUUUUCCAACAAGGCUGGAAGAUGAUCUUCUGGAUCAGUCUCGCUCUAUCCGCCGCUUGCCUCGUCGGAAUUAUCUUCUUCGUCCCCGAGACGUUAUAUACCCGAAGUGCACCAGUCGAAGGUGUCACGAACCCCGAGACCGAGAAGAACGCCCAGUUUGGCAACAACGAACACGUCGAGGAUAAGCAGUCUGUCAACGUAGGAGAACAGCACGCUUCUUACUCCUCUUUCACCUAUGUUCAGUCUUUGGGUUUUAUCAAGCCUCGAGGAAGUCUACUGAAGCAAUUCAUCCAGCCUUGGAAGACUCUUGCUUUCCCUGGUACUUGGGUGGUGAUGCUUCACUACGCCGGUCUUGUCGGUGGUGUAGUCACUAUUUCUACCAUCGGACCCCAACUUAUGGCGAGUCCGCCUUAUCUUUGGAAAGCAAACGCCGGUCUUGUCAACAUUGGCGCUGUUAUCGGCGGUGUGAUCGGAUAUAUCUACACUUUUAUGCUUGCUGAUGGUCGACUCGUCAAGAAGGCUAGCAAGACACGGCAUGGAGUUGCCGAAGCUGAGGAUCGAUUGCCGACCCUCUUCUUCCCUCUAUUCAUCGCCACUGGUGGUUUGUUGGUCUUUGGAUUCUGCGCUCAGAACCCUGGUGGCCAUCGCUGGGUUGGACUUCAGGUUGGAUAUGGAAUGCUCACCUUUGGUCUGAUGCAAGUUCCAUCUGUUGGAUUCAACUACUUGAUCGACUCUUACCACUCCUUGGCAGCAGAUUGCUUCACCAUGGUCACCAUUCUCCGUGCCAUCAUCGCCUUUGCAUGGACCUUCUUUGUGGCUGAUUGGGUUCACCACAAGGGAGCUGCUGAGCCUUUUGGUAUCUUUGGACUGUUGAUGGGUCUUUUCUCGUUGUUGACUGUUCCUCUCUGGAUGUUUGGAAAGCGUUUGAGAAUUGCUACAGCGGAACGGGUUCUUCGAUGGCAGGGUUACUAG